UCAGCCAGUGGACCCUCAUGUGUCUGGGAGUAACGUAUUGGACUCUGUUUGUCGCGAGCUGUUCCGUAAUUCCCCAGGAGUGGGGUUGGACCAUCCCUUUUAUACGGUGUGCUGUGGCCGCAAUAGAAAGUUUUUUUGCAGGCAUUUCCCUGACCCUGAUUGAUGACCUGUUCCCACCUGAAAAGCGACGAGGGACUUUAUUCAAGUUUAACAAUUUCAGCUAUAUAAUGGGUGCCUUAGGGAUCGUUGUGGGAGCAAUUGUGCCAAGCUACUUAGGCUCAAACUGGCGUUUUGCACUGCAGGUAAGGAAAAUUCAACCGGGUACCAUUAAUUAUAUUGGGGUGACGGGAAGAUACAAUUGAAUAUAGGCUAAACAUUAAGAGACAAAUAAAACAGUGGUUGUUGUGAGAUAUUAGCCUU